AUGGAUCGAACCGCUGGAUCUGAUGGUUCUAUGGUUAUCAAUCCAGACGGAGGCGAAGAGGGUGUCGCGGCGGAGGCGGUGUGGCGGGAGCAACCGGACCGCGGACUCGGCGGAGUGGUCAGACCGCGACUGCGCCAACACCGUGCAUGUGCCUCUACGCCACCAGCGUGCGCUCCAGGAGCUCACGCUCGCCUACCACCUGGCCAUCGGCGGCGCUGGGGCUCAACGCCCGUGCCCGCGGAGUUCACGCUCCACCGGAUCGCCGGCGACGCUUACGCGAGCACCGACCGCGUCGCCGCCACCGAGGGCGCGCGCUUCGAGGUGCGCGGCAGGCAGCCGGGGAGGAGGUCGCGGCGGGUGUCUUCUUCGGCUAGCCGUGGCGAGGAGGCCGAGGCCGACGCCGAGGCACAUGGCCCACACGCCCAUCUCCUCGCCCAUCUCGCUUUUUCUAACCGAGGAGACGGAGACUUAACGCUCAUACAUCUUACCGUAUGCAUACGGGCCUGA